CUCGGUCCCACGAGUGCGGGGCAGCGCGGCCGGGUCAGAGGCUGCCGGGCCUCCGCUGCAGGGCGGCUCCGGCUGGUCCCCCUUUGCGGGCCGGGGGAGCGGAAGGCAGUGUCCGCCCGGAGCUACCCCCGGCGGCGCGCAGGCUUUUCUCGCCCGGGUUUGGCCCCACCUCAGUGGCUGGAGAGCUGGGGGGCCGGUAAGUGGGGGCGGCCGGACACUCGCCCGGAGCCGCGGGCAGAGGUCGCUGGGCGCUGCUCGCCGCUUUGCUGCCCCCGGCCCUCUCUCUGUUUUCAAGAUCAAAAUGCAGCAGAAAAAUGAAAAACUGCAGGCAACAUUUGCUCUGGAAGAGAAGUCAGUUGCUGGCCCAGUCUAGAAGAUGGACCACUGGAUUUGGGGAGCUUGGGAAAUACUGCUUCCAAAAGCAAUUUUUCCUAGCUAAGAAGAAAAGACACAGUGCUCAGCUCAUUGUGAGCUUAAAUCACAACAAACUGUACAGAAGACUGCAGUGCAGAAGGAAGGCACUUGAGCUCCAGAGCAGGUGGGCUCUUGAGGCGCCUCUAAAUGCAGAAGCCUAUCAAAAGCCUGCCACUGAGCCAUACAGAUUUCCUCUUACUGAGAGCAAAAAGAUCCUGUCCCUAUCCCAAAGCCAAAAGCCCAUCUGGAAAAGUAGUAAGAAAACUCAACAAUGAAUUCUUUCAGAGUGAAGAUCACUUGAAUGAAGAAUUUGAAACUGUUGCAAUCCUUAAUAGCAUCGCUGGCAGCAGCCGUUAUGUCUCAUGUGGUACACUGGAUGGUGCUGCCUUACCUGUAAAGAAAGGUAGUUUUGUAUAUAGCAGGGAGAAGAGCAAUAAUGGUAAGGGCAACAGAGUCCUAGUAGUUUUAAACAACUAUAAAAGGAAAUGGUGUUGAAAAGGGAGUGGAAUGGAACUUGUGGACCCUUGACAACUAUAAAGAGAUCCAAAUUUAACCAUCAUACUGUAAAAAAGAGAUCUUUAUUUAUGAUGCAUAAGAAACUUUCUAUGGUUAGAUUUCGCUAUAGAAUUAUAAAAUCCCCGCAACUUCGAGCAAGAGGCAAAACCUGCAAAUUGAGAAAAAUCAAGUCAAGGUGGGUGAAGAAAGUUAGGGGGGACCAUCAAGAGACACUUCAGCGGGAUUUUGAAAGUGGAUUGUGUAAUUGGCUUUCCUACUGGAAAUCUAAAAGUAACCGUGUUUGGAACCGGUACAGUUUAUCAGAUAUGAACCAUAAUACACCCAAAUCUUUAGGUGAGGAGAAUGAACCAUGCACACCUGAGGUCUGCUUUACACAGGAUGCAUUACAGUGUGCUGAGUGGUGUUCUGAGGAGCCAGAAUCCAGAAGGCCUGAUGGCAGUGCAGGUGCUGUCCCACCAGAACUUCAUGCUAGAGCAUCUCCAGAGGCAGAGACCUUGCAGCAGGUGGAGACCAACAGGGCUCUGGCAGAGGAGCAUUGCUCUGACAUUUUCGUCUCAGUGACAGGAAAAGAAAUUUCUGUUUCAGGUCAAGAUGACGCUGACUCUAAUGAGAUUAUGGGUGUAGAUGGAAUGAUGCUGUCGCAAUCCUCGCAGGAUUCCGAUGUCAAUCAUAAUUUUUCAAAUGGACCUUUAUCCAUGGAGCUGGCACAAAAGGAGGACAGCCCUAGCCAAAUGGAAAUAGAGGGCUCCUUAAACCUGGACAUCUUUAGCGCAGAGUUACUAGAUCACCCUUACUGUAAAAGUCCUCUUGAGGAGCCUUCACCAGGAAGCACACGACUAAAAUCCGGAACUCAUAAAGGAGGCAAAAGGAACAGUCAGAAAACUUCUCGGGUGGCUGAUGAGCAGUUGGCGACGUGGCUUUGUGGAUUCCUAGAUGAAGUUAUGAAGAAGUAUGGCAGUUUAGUACCACUGUGUGAAAAAGAUGUCAUGGGAAGAUUAAAUGAAGUCUUUAAUGAAGAUUUCUCCCAUAGAAAACCUUUUAUCAUGAGGGAAAUCGUGAAGUAUCGGGAAAAACAUCCAAAAACCUCCAUGUGCAAUUUCCGGGUCUUCUAUAAUAAGCACAUGCUAGACAUGGAUGAUUUAGCUACACUGGAAGGCCAAAACUGGCUGAAUGACCAGAUAAUUAACAUGUAUGGUGAACUCGUAAUGGAUGCAGUCCCUGAAAAGGUUCAUUUCUUUAACAGUUUUUUUCAUAGACAGCUCGUAACCAAAGGAUAUAAUGGGGUGAAACGAUGGACUAAAAAGGUGGACUUGUUUAAAAAGACUCUCUUGUUAAUUCCUAUUCACCUGGAAGUCCACUGGUCCCUCAUUACUGUGAACAUCCCCAGUCGAAUUAUUUCAUUUUAUGAUUCCCAAGGCAUUCAUUUUAAGUUUUGUGUAGAGAAUAUUCGAAAAUAUUUGCUGACUGAAGCAAAAGAGAAGAAUCAUCCUGAGUUUCUUCAGGGUUGGCAAACGGCUGUUACAAAGUGCAUUCCACAACAGAAAAAUGACAGUGACUGUGGGGUUUUUGUGCUCCAGUACUGCAAGUGCCUCGCCUUAGACCAGCCUUUUCAGUUCUCCCAGGAAGAUAUGCCCCGAGUGAGAAAAAGGAUUUACAAGGAGCUGUGUGAAUGCCAGCUAAUAGACUAAUAGAAUGCAGCCAACCUAAUUUCUCUGGCAUUUCUGACAAGUUGCAGCUGGUGUUUGUGUACUUGAAUUUCUGAAAACUUCCGUGAAUUUUGAACGAUUCUCAGCUGAGUGGUAUGGCCACUUGUUACCUCAAUUUUUUGACACGUUCUUUAACUGGCAGAAGAUAACAGAGCUGCCAUAAAAUAUCCCUAAUGUCAGUUUGAUUCCCUUAUGUUCUUUCCUGUAUUUAAUAUUUAUUAUCUCAGCAUGCAUAUAGGCAAAGCAUGCAACUAAAACUAUAAAGCUGUAGAUUUGGUGCACCUUUGAGAUGUAGCUAGAAAUGACAAAUACAGGUGAAUUUGUCUGGAAGCAUAAAGAUGCAUGAUAUGUUUUCUGAUGCAAUAAUGCUUUGAAUGUAUCAAAAACAAAAAAAAAACCAGUCCCAUAAAAAGAACAGAUAGAACCUGUUCGGUAGUUCCAUUGUCCCUGUUGUGGCUGUAUAAUACUGAAUCACUUUUUAGGGUGGCUAAACUCAUCUACAGGUUCAAUUUGUGGAGACCCCUUUUUUAAAUAGGUCAAGUUGCUAAUAAAGUUUGCUCUGUUAACAUUUAUCCAGUGUCAUUAUCAGCCUGUCCCUGUAGAUAAAAAGCAGACUUUGCACAAAAAAGCUUCAGCACCUGUCUGUAUAAUAAAAAGUACAAAGGUGUUCAGUCAGUCAGAUUGAUGGUAUGUUCCUAUAUGCUGCAGAAGUCUCCAUGAUGUGUGUAUUAAGGAGAGUUAUAAAGCUGGCCCUGAAGACUCACAGCUUAGAUACUGAGAUAAACUCUUUGCUGUAACUGUUUAAGUCUCAGAUGACUUUCAGUCAUUUUUCAGUUCCACGGUACGCAGUGCAAUGUACCAUUUCAGCAUCUGUCCCUUCAGCUCUGUCUUCAAAUGAAUUUCUGUCAGGCUUGUUGUCUUUAACUUCCUAUUCGCUUUUGCCUUUGUUUAAAUAUAAAUCAAUUCAUUUCUGCUGCA